AUUCUCUCUCCCCGUUUUUUUUUUUUUAAAAUUUCUCUCUCCUUUUCUUUCCCAAGACUUUCAACUCUGGGCGCCCAGCGAGGCUUUUCUGAUGCAAAAUGGCGAAGUAGGUGACCCUAGUCAUUCCCUGGUUUCUCACUGCGACCCAUGUAAGCAUUCUCUCACGAGAACAUCUUCAGUGAAAAAUUAGUCCUUUUUGGAAAUCUGGCAAUUCACCUUUUAUCUCUGAACCUCAGUAACUGGGAAUGAAUCCUACUGAAGAUACCAUUUCAGAAUUGGGAAGGAGGACAAAUAAAGCUCUUAAAAGGAAGGUGUCACUUAUCUUUGCUGAUAAGUCAGUGAACAGGACACUAUGAAGCAGCUCCCCGUCUUGGAGCCUGGAGACAAGCCCAGGAAAGCAACAUGGUACACCUUGACCCCCGCUGGAGACAGCCCCUGCGCUCGGGUUGGCCACAGCUGCACAUAUUUACCCCCAGUUGGUGAUGCCAAGAGAGGGAAGGUCUUCAUUGUUGGAGGAGCAGAUCCAAACAGGAGCUUCUCAGAUGUGCACACCAUGGAUCUGGGAGCACACCGAUGGGAUUUAGCCACCUCGGAGGGUCUCUUGCCCCGGUACGAGCAUGCCAGCUUCAUUCCCUCUUGCACACCUCACAGCAUCUGGGUGUUUGGUGGUGCCGACCAGUCAGGAAACCGAAAUUGCCUGCAGGUUCUGAAUCUUGAAACCAGGACUUGGACCACGCCAGAGGUGACCACCCCAUCACCAGCCCCAAGAACAUUCCACACAUCAUCAGCAGCCAUUGGAAACCAACUGUAUGUCUUUGGGGGCGGAGAGAGAGGCGCCCAGCCCGUCCAGGAUGUGAAGCUUCAUGUGUUUGACGCAAACACUCUGACCUGGUCACAGCCAGAGACACUUGGGAAACCUCCAUCGCCCCGGCAUGGUCAUGUGAUGGUGGCAGUAGAGACAAAGCUCUUCAUCCACGGAGGCUUGGCAGGGGACAAAUUCUAUGAUGAUCUAUAUUGCAUUGAUAUAAGUGACAUGAAGUGGCAGAAGCUAAGUCCCAGUGGGACAGCUCCCACAGGCUGUGCUGCCCAUUCAGCUGUGGCUGUGGGAAAACACCUGUAUGUCUUCGGUGGUAUGACUCCCACAGGAGCACUGGAUACAAUGUACCAAUAUCACAUAGAAAAGCAGCAUUGGACCUUACUUAAAUUUGAUACGUUUCUACCCGCUGGACGAUUGGACCAUUCCAUGUGUAUCAUUCCAUGGCCAGUGAUAUGUACCUCAGAGAAAGAAAAUUCAAAUUCUGUUGAUCUAAACUGUGAUACUGAGAAAGGGGAUUCCAGUGACAAAGGAGUGACCCAAGGCGGUGACUCGCAUGAGGAGAGUCAGACUGUCUCACUGCUCUGUUUUGUGUUUGGUGGGAUGAAUACAGAAGGGGAAAUCUAUAAUGAUUGUAUUGUGACUGUAGUUGACUAAUAAAACCCACAUUUUUAUUAC